AUGCACACAACCCUUUCAAGCAUUGACGAAGAUGAGGAAUAUUAUACCCAGACGUCAACCUCCGCCGAAUGUAAACCAAAAUCAGGUAUGGUGAUAAAUAAAAAAUAAGGUAUUGCACAAAACUGCAAAAUUUUGUCUUUUCAAAAUAGCUGAGAUUUAAAGCCAUGUCACAACGCAGUCGCUUUCAGAAAGUGCCCCGGUUCGUAAACUGAAAGACAAAAUCGGGUCCGCGUACGUUGACGGAUGUGAAGACCCGGAAAAUUUGAAAAAAGUACCAUAUUUCCAACCUGUUAUGUCCCAAUUACAACAUGUUGAUGAACUGGAUCACAAUACGGUGUUAACGGAGUCAGUGAAAUAUAAUGGGCACGUCUUCAAAUAUAUAAGAAAAGAAAAAAAAGGAGAUGCUGAAUAUUUUUGCUGCAUGGAGUGUAGAGCCGUACAACGAAAAGCGAACCGCAACAAAGAAAGACUAAAGUUCUGCCUAAGGGUCUGUUUAACAUAUUUCAUUAAAGACACAACUUUAGACAUCAAAAGUUGAACUGGAUGAAAACGGAAAUAAGAUGUUUAAGCCCAAUCCCGAUGACGUAGAACACGCUUGUCUAAAAGAAGAAAAUGGAAUGUCCAUCCUCGAAAGGUAUACGGUUCAAGCAAAAAGGUAAGUGUAAUAGAAAAGUUUAAUAAACUUUAUUAGGAAAGUCAUCGACGAUAUGCGCAAUAUCCCGAUGACAACAGAGAUGGCAAAAAAAAAUGUUGUUCAAAUCAUCAAGUCAAAAUUUGAGCCUUUGGAAUUGUUUAGCCGGGCAUACGGAACUUUAUUGAAAGGGAGGUUUUCAAGAACAGUCGCAGAACAUACCAAAAUCAAAAACGGCAAAGACGUUACCCCCUACGUUAUUCCCGAAGAGUUCCGAGCAAGUGUUAUUUCGUAGAAUUCAAAAAUCGCUUUAGGUAUCUUCUGUCGAGAGAAACGGAGUCGGAAAUGAACAAUUACCAAACAAAAUCAUCCAAUAUGUCCAAACUGAUGAGAACAAAGAGCCCAUGGUCAUAAUGGCAAACUGUCACACUCUUCGCUCAUUGCUAGAGUGUGACUAUAUAACCUGCGACGGGACUUUUAAUUAUAGUCCCCGCGGCUUUUCGCAGGUAUAUAACAUUCGAGCGGUAUUUACGGAAUUUCCAACCAAACAAAUUGCCUACUGUGGAGGUGAGUAGAAAAUACCAUCCUAAAAACUUUUUUUAGCUAUCUUCUUUUUGGCUUCAAAGAAAGAAUCGACUUAUGUGAAAGCUUUUGAAGAAUUAAAUAAGGCUUUAAAAAGAGAAUUUGGACGAACCCUGGAAUCAAAACCGGUGAUUACUGAUGAAGAGUUGGCUGCUAUAAAUGGAAUCAAGAAAGUAUUUCCUUCGUUAAAACAUUUUUUAUGUUAUGUUCAUCUAUGCCGAAACGUUUUAAAGCACAUGAGGUAAGAUUUUAGAAUUAUUUUAACAAGAGUUUCUCCUUUCAGCAAUAUAAUCAGCGUGCUUGUAAACUCAUUCAUAAGUUUGAUGUUUUCAGACAAGUCAUUCCAGCCCGAUAUUUGGAACUCCCGCAAGUCAAGAAUUGGCGUUAUAAAAUAUAUGGUCUUGCGUUCGUGCCGAAACGGGUGAUGAAAAGAGCAAUACAUGAACUUGCCAAGGAAGCUGAACUACUUCCGAUACCUAACGCGAACAGCGAAGAGAUUUUUGACUUCACAAAUUAUGUGGCAACCUUAUCUGAACGAAUAACGGUAAGAUUAUUGAUUUAAAAAGGGAUAAAUUGCUUAAAUCUUAGAACACGUUCUACGAAAAUACAGAAGUUGGACGCACAGGAAAUAACGCCGAGGGUUUUCACUCAGGCCUCGACAGAAGGUUCCAUAAUAACAACCACCCGAUGGUGGCUCUAGCUGUAUCCACGUUCACUGACGCGAUUGAUGCGGACUCAGCAAAUUACCUCAGGUUCGCUGAAGAAAACGAAAAUAGACCUGAUGGCGAACCUCGUAUUGGACUCCAUAAACGCCAGGAAAAAUAUGCGAUAAAAGAUUUAGCCAUACAAAAGGCAAAUUUGAUGUUGAAGGAGAAAGAACAAUCAACAACUCCUCCAACUAUUUUUGAAUAUCUCAAGUAAGUUUAAAUAUGAUACAUGAAGACAUAAACCAAAAAAGGUGGCUUUAAAAAUGUUUCCCUUGCAGGUACGGCCAGCAAGUUGCCUUCAUGUGCGCUUUGGAUGGACGGAAAAUUGCUGAUGAGAAAAAAUUAAAACGAAAAAGGAAACAAGCCGUCCAAAAGAGGCUAGCUUGCUUUGAAUUUUUGCAGGCCGAUGCCGAAAAGAAGGAAACAGACGCGCCAGAUGCGGCUCCACAAUCGAUGCCAAACCAAAGCCUUUAUUCGCGUUUCGAAAGGGAAAACAACAAAGUCACGAAACCGCCUUUCCUUUCGCAGCCUGUUCCAUCCACACUUGAGAAAAAGCCCAACCAUAAGAUCCCAAUUGAAGUGCAAUCAGAAGACGAAUCAAGUGCAUCAUCUGAAAGUGUUGAUACAUUUUCAGAUGGAGAAGAGUGUAGCCACGAUAGCGUAA